AGAUGUCAUCCAACAAGGUUGUCAACAGACGUAACACGAUCUCCCUUGGUGACGACAAUCCUUUCUUAUCAGGGGGCUCAACAUCCUCUGGGUCAACAUCUGGCGAGAAAUCAGAUAUUUCACCACGAGGAUCUGUUGAAAACAUGUACGAGUUUAUAAAAUCCGAGGCUCCAACACCCCCUGUUAGUGAUAAGAAGAAUUUAUAUGAUCCUGUAGUGGAGAAUAAUGUUGUUGGUCUGAGACCCCCGUCAAUGACAGGAAGUGAGGGUUAUUUGGAACCAAUUAAGUCAAACAGUGCUGGUUCUGAUCCAAUGUUUGCAAGUAUGGGCGAAUCAACUGUAAGUAUGGGCUCCAUGACAACCAGCAUGGGAGCUAUGGGAAACAACAUGGCUGACAUGAGUAAAUCCGCAGAUAACUUUCAAACAGUUGAUAUCAAUCAACAUGGUCUGGAAGAUUUGGACAUAAGUCCCGAGAGAAGGGAGCUGUUGGCUUCCCAGCCGAUUUACGAGGAAAUAACAAAUGGUUACGGUAAACUAGGAACCAAUUUUGAUGCAGACGGCGAUGAUGAUGAUGAGCAUUUUGAAACAAUUGAAGAGGAUUUUUAUGGGGUUCACGACCCUCCACAAAAUAACGAACAAAAUGUGAUUUUAGCUUCAAAUUUAAGAAAUAAAGAGUCAUUUUCAUCUGAUUCAGAAAUGUCUUCUGCUAACAACAGUCUUUCUCGCCCUCGGCCGUUUCCUAGGAAACGACCUCGUCAUGUGGGGUCAGGAUUUGAACAAUACGUUGCGAUGAACAGACCAAGUGUAGCCGUCUUCCUUAAUGAAGAACAAUUACGUGAAAUGUUGAGUAAAUUGACAGCUAUGAAUUUGAACACUCUCCGUGAUAUCUAUACUCAACAUGAAAAAUGUUUCACAAAGGAAAGUUUGCAGUUGGGGUCAGUUGGACCAUUGAAGUGGCAAAAUUUCGACAUUUAUGGCAAACCACUGCAUACAUCAGAGAAAUGUGUUGUUUACAAUGCUAAAAUGAGGACCACAAUGUCACCAUGUCAAGUUAUGUUAUUGCAUUCCAGACCAGAAAUCACAGCUGCCAAUCAUCCGAGUUUAUUGAAACCGACGUGCAUAUUCACAGACUCAGUUCCAUUCACUUACCUUACGGACGCAUUUAUUAAAACUAGUCAGAUACUUGAAACCACAGUUAGCCAAGCUAAUGCAAAUAUGGCCAAAUGCUUUAUUGUGGUCGGUCUGUUUGACAUAACGGAGAGCUUAAGUAGCCAUAUGAAUGCUUUAGAAACAGUGUGUGAAAACCAAAGAGACUUUCUGCGAAAAGUUUUAUUUUUCGUAUUACAACUUUUAAGUGCAAUAUCUCAUUGUUUGGAACAAGGACAUCCACUGUCAGAGGCAGACUUCCAUGAUUUGUAUUUAAUCUCCAACCCAUACUGUCUCGGUGAAACGGUUUCCUUUCUGCCGCAGGUUAGGGCACCGGAAGACCAACGUAUUGAUCGGGUUUGUUUAUUCUUAGAAAAGUUUUUACUUGACAUGUGCGCUAAAUGUGAAGCUAAUGCAGUUCUUGAUGACUCAGCAUUUUUCAUUUACUCUGGAGUACAAAGGGUGAUUGAGUUAGUGGAAUCUGGUGUUACUGAGUGUCUACCAAUUGUUAGAAGCUAUACUGAGUUUCUUCUAUGGGGACCAGGGGAAGGGGAUUCGGAAUUUCAAGAUGAUCGUCAAAGUAAUCUUGAACCCAAAUUGUCCAUGUGGCUUGAGAAAGAAAGAGCGAUGUUGAUUCAUGACUUUGCUGGACGAAUUCAGCAUGGGGCCAGGUGUAACAUUAAAGACUUCUAUAAGAUGAAAUUUCUGCUGAAAGCAAGUUCUGGUAGCCUUGCGGAGUGCUUAAGGUGUCACACUUCAUCAGCAUCAUAGAUAAAGAGGUUCAAAUUUGUAAGCAUCAAAGAUAUAGAGGUUCAAAUUUGUAAGCAUCAAAGAUAUAGAGGUUCAAAUUUGUUAGCAUCAAAGAUAUAGAGGUUCAAAUUUGUAAGCAUCAAAUAUAUAGAGGUCAAAAUGUGUAAUCAGUAAAUAAAUAGUUAUCAUACAGGUAAUAUCAUAGAAAUAGAGGUAGAAAUGUGUUAUCAACAAAGAUUUAGAGGUUACAGUGUACUUGUCAACACAACAGAUCAAAAUGUAAAUGUAGGAAAGAAAUAGAGGUCACACAGUUGUGAUAUACCUUUAAGAAAUAGAGGUACUGUUUGACAUAGACAAUUUGUGAUUCAUAAUUUUUCAAUGUGCUGAACAUAUGCACUGUUCAUAUGUAUAUGGAAAUAGAUUUUACUUGCUCAUUUUUUCUACAAUAUGUGCUUUUGUUACUAGAAAUAUUUUGCAACCUUUUUCUUUUGGAUUUAGUUUAAUGGACUUGGCCUGUUUUAAACUCAGAACAGUUCAUUGUAAAAUUUUAGGUAUUUAAAUAAUUUUGCAGAAUUACUGAAUCAUUAUUCACGGCAACUGAUUUAUGUAAUAUAUUAGAUAUAAACAGUCACUAAGGCCUGAUAGCCUGGUUUGAUAUUUAUGGUAUAUAAUGUAUAAUUAUUGUCACUUACUCCUUUAUAAUGGUUAUGACUAUUAAACUUACAUGAGCUGUAACAUAUUACACAAAAUAAAAAGAAACAUUUAUUUGUACACCAGAUGAAAAGUAAAAAAUUCAUAUUAUAAGAACAUGAAAAUGUAAUAUUUCUUUCCUACUUCUUUUUUCAUUUUUUUUCCCCCAUUUCUAUUUGCCCAAAGGGUAUUUUGAAAUAAGUUUGAGAAUAACUCAACAAAUUUAAACAUUUAAAUACAGAUCCCCCC